AUGUGCCAUGAGGAAGGAGUUAGAAAGGCCUGUAAGAUAGAGGAAGAGGAAAGUGUUGAGAUAGUUGAUGAGACUAUUAAGGAUUUAGAAGGUGAUGCCCCAUCUGAUGCUGCAGCAUUUGAGUUGCUGGAUAAUAGUGAGCUUAAGAGUUUUACCCCGUCCAUAAUUUCACCACCUAAUCUGGAGUUAAAACAUGACCAAAAAUUUGAUUUUACGGAUGAAUGUAGAAAUGCAUUCAACACUUUAAAGAAAGCUUUAGUCAUCGCACCGAUAGUUGUUGCUCCUGACUGGAACAAACCUUUUGAGAUCAUGUGUGAUGCCAGUGAUUGGGCUUUUGGAGCUAUCUUAGGUCAAAGAAAGGAAAAAGUUUUUCAUUCAAUCUAUUAUGCAAACCAUGCUGCCAUCAAGUACUUGAUUUCUAAAAAAGAUGCUAAACCUAGGUUAAUAAGAUGGGUUCUGUUGUUGCAAGAGUUUGACCUUGAGAUAGUUGAUAGGAAAGGAGUAGGCAACCAAGUUGUUGACCAUUUGUCAAGAUUAGAGAAGCCUAGGGAGAACCUAGAAGAAGGAGAGAUUGUUGAAACAUUCCCCGAUGAGAGAAUUCUAGUUUUAGAAUCAAAACCACCAUGGUUUGCUGACAUAGCAAACUAUUUGGCUUGUGGAAUAAGACCAUCUUAUAUUUCUGGCCAUAUGUUCAAAAAGUUUCUCCAUGGUACUAAAACUUACCUUUGGGAUGACCCUUACUUGUUUAAGAUAAGUGCAGAUCAAAUCUUAAGAAGAUGCAUCCUUGAAACUAAAGUGGCAGCAAUUCUGCACCAUUACCACCAAGCAGCAUAUGGAGGACAUUUUGGAGGCCAAAGAACAGCUGCUAAAAUUUCAUGGGACCAUUCCCCAUCAAAUCAUUGUCAAUACAUUCAAGUUGUUGUUGAUUACGUGUCUAAAUGGGUAGAGGCCAUGGCUUGUGUUAAUAAUGAUGCCAAGACUGUGGUUAAAUUUCUUCAAAAACAGAUUUUUACAAGGUUUGGUACCCCAAGAGCACUAAUUAGUGAUGAGGGUACCCACUUUGUAAAUAAUCUGUUAAGUGGAAUUCUUGAAAAGUACAACAUUAACCACAUAAUAGCAAAUGCCUACCACCUGCAAACCAAUGGAUUAGCCAAGCUUUCAAACCGAGAAAUAAAAGGAAUUUUAGAAAAGGUUGUCAAGCCAAACCGAAAGGAUUGGGCUUUCAAGUUUGAUGACGCUUUAUGGGCAUACCGGACUGCUUUUAAAACACCUAUUGUUAUGUCUCCAUAUAAGCUGGUUUUUGGUAACGCUUGUCACCUUCCUUUAGAACUUGAACACAAAACAUUUUGGGCCAUCAAGGAAUUAAAUAUGUGCCCAGAUAUGGCUGCCAGUAAAAGAAAAGUCCAACUGUGUGAAUAA